UCUUGUACUUUAAAGGACAGACCUGGAUCUCUGAUCGCUUAGAGGCUGACUCAACUGGAGAUCAUGGCUUUUGAUGGUACUUGGAAGAUAGACCGGAAUGAGAACUAUGACAAGUUCAUGGAAAAAAUGGGUAUUAAUAUGGUGAAAAGGAAGCUUGCAUCUCAUGACAAUUUGAAACUUACUAUUACACAAGAAGGAAAUAAAUUCACCGUCAAAGAAGCAAGCAAUUUUCGUACCAUUGAGAUUGUUUUCGAGCUUGGUGUCACUUUUAAUUACAGCCUAGCAGAUGGAACUGAACUCAGUGGUACUUGGAACCUAGAGGGAAAUAAACUUGUUGGAAAUUUCAAACGGAUAGACAAUGGAAAUGCAGUGAAUGCUGUCCGAGAAAUUAUAGGUGGUGAACUGGUUCAGACUUACUCAUAUGAAGGAGUAGAAGCCAAGAGGAUCUUCAAAAAGGAAUGAGCUUUGUUUUUGGAGCACAGCCCAGAACACAAAAUGAAUGGAAAAUCUAUAUUGUACUAAAACUGUUUUUCUCUCCUUGAUUAGUCCUUUUGUAAACAUAACCAGUGACUCACAUUUCUAAUCUUACCAAGGCAAAACAAGUAAAAGCUAAUUAGGAUUCAAUUGUUUUACAUUCCCUAAGAUAUACAUUUAUUGCUGUAUUGGUGUUCUAAAAGAAUUGGUGACUUUUUUUAACACGGAUAAAUAAACUUUGUUUCCACAA